AUGGGCGACUGGAGCUUCCUGGGGAGACUCCUCGAGAACGCGCAGGAGCACUCCACCGUCGUCGGCAAGGUCUGGCUGACCGUGCUGUUCAUCUUCAGGAUCCUGGUGCUGGGGGCCGCGGCCGAGGAGGUGUGGGGCGACGAGCAGUCGGACUUCACGUGCAACACGCAGCAGCCCGGCUGCGAGAACGUGUGCUACGACCGCGCCUUCCCCAUCUCGCACAUCCGCUUCUGGGUGCUGCAGAUCAUCUUCGUGUCCACGCCCACGCUCAUCUACCUGGGCCACGUGCUGCACCUGGUGCGCAUGGAGGAGAAGCAGCGCGAGCGGGACGCGGCGCCGCCGCCGCAGGCCGACGGCGCCAGCGCGCCGCCCGGGAAGGACCGGCCGCCGGUGCGCGACGACCAGGGCAAGGUCCGCAUGGCCGGGGCGCUGCUGCGCACCUACGUCUUCAACAUCAUCUUCAAGACGCUCUUCGAGGUGGGCUUCAUCGCCGGCCAGUACUUCCUGUACGGCUUUGAGCUGAAGCCGCUGUACCGCUGCGACCGGUGGCCCUGCCCCAACACGGUGGACUGCUUCAUCUCGCGGCCCACCGAGAAGACCGUCUUCGUCCUCUUCAUGCUGGCGGUGGCCUGCCUGUCCCUGCUGCUCAACGUGCUGGAGAUCUACCACCUGGGCUGGAAGAAGCUCAAGCAGGGCGUGGCCGGCCCCUCGCGCGCCGACAGCCCCGCGCCCGCCGGCGCCGCCCCGCCCGCCGUGGCCAUCGGGGUCCCGCCCUGCUACGCGCCCUCGGCCGCAGCCGCCGCCGCCGCGGGCCGCCCCGAGCCCGCUCCCCCCGCGGCCGACGGCGCGCUGCCCGGCGCGCGGCCCGAGACCCACGGCGGCGCCUGCGCCCCGCCCCCGCUCCCGAGCGAGCCGAAGCGGGGCGGCCCGGAGGCCGAGGCCCCGCAGCCGCGGCGGCAGCAGCCGCAGCAGCAGCAGCAGCGGCAGACUUGGGCCGGGAGCGCCGCCCCGCCCGCGGCCCCGCCGGGCGGCCCCGGGCAGCCCCCUGCGGAGGGCGGCGGCGGCGGCGGGGCGCCCGAGACGGCCGCGGAGCUGCACGCGGCCCCCGGGGCCCGCGCGGAUCCCGGCCGGUCGAGCAAGGCCAGUAAGUCCGGCGGCGGUCGGGCCCGAGCCAGUGACUUGGCCGUCUAG